GUUCAUUAUUGAACGAUCGAGAGUACUCUACAGCCUCGACUAACCUCGUUUCUCCUACAAAAAGAUUAAUAAUGUCGUACGUACUUAUGAAAUCUAAUAUCAAACCUGUUGAAUAUGAAUUCAUGGGUAACGGCGCCGCGGCAUUGAGGGCCGACCUGGAUGUCAUGCGCAAGAAUGGCGCAUCGGCACAGAAGAUUUUGGACGAUUGCUUGAUACUUUUGUCUGGAACAUGUGGAAAGUACAGUUCUGAUGACAUAGAAAUGGUCCUUGAACAUUUCAUCACCAAGGAGACGACGAAAAUUGAUUUCGACCGAAUCAUUUCUUCGUUUCCCGCCGAGUCUAAAGUCUUAAAUAGGGGGAUGCGGCUGCUCUCGCCACACUCUACCAGCAUUUGCGAGUUCACCAUGAAGGCAGCACAAGCAGGAAAAAGUGCAAAAAUUGACGGAUCCUUAUUGAACCAAAUCUGCAAGAUGGAAAAUCUAAGAAAGCUGGAUAUCAGCGCAGUCCAAUUGACCAUACCCGAACUAAUGAAGCUCUGCGGACAGCUGGUCUAUUUAAAGGACAUAACUGUAAAAAUCAAACCGUGGCCACAACCAUAUCCGUUCAAGGAUCCGACCUUUAUUAAGGCCUUCAAGAAUAACUUCUCUCACUUGAAGACUUUCAGCUUCACCACGAUACAGAGUGACGAGGAGCUCACUUUCGAGCAAGAACUGACCCGCUUCUGCGUCAUGAAUUUGCCAAAUCUGGAGUACUUGGAAGAUUUCGGAUAUCUUGACACUAGUAAAUUCGGCUGCAAGCACCAAUUGAGAAAGCCAAAUAGCGUUAUGCACUUGUCCUUACCGUUGAACGAGGAAAGAGCUAUCCGAAUUCUCUCCCGGCUCCAAAGCUUCAAGCAUCUCACUGUUUGUUGAACUUUUUCUUAUAUUUAAAUAAUUA